AUGUUUUAUGAAAUUUUACAAGUGAGGAUGGACUGGCAGUGGGCACUCAUCGUCGUUCUGGUGCACUUGGCGCAAGGCAAUGAAGGAAACUCCGUUGAUCCUACUCCAGAUUUAUAUGAACCAUCAUGGGUAUACAAGUGCGAGCCGGAGGAAGGCUGCCAGAGAUCGGAGCAUCCACAGCCAACAAACAGCUCAGCAGCCAAUUCUUCUUUUAUGGUCUUCGAGAGCCUGGACGUGUGUCGGACUGUGUGCGGUCCCUUUGGAGGGCUCUGGCCCAGACCGGUGACGGCUGUCUUGAGCACUCAAACGUUGAAAAUGCAUCCUAAUUUAUUGAGAUUCGCUCUCACAAAUGCACCUGUGGAAACCAGAGAGAUGCUUGUGGAGAUGACCCACGUAAUAACUUCCAAUCUAUUUGCCGAGUGCAACGGAAACAUUACCGAGAUGGUCGAGACGCCCGUCAUGGUUUACAUAUCAGUGAAAUCGCCGUCACUUGAGCUUACUUGGGAUACUGAUGAGCAAUACCUCUUGGACGUGCAGAACGAAGUCGAUAACAUAGUGGUCCAUAUAUCAGCUGAGACAGUUUACGGUGCACGUCACGCGUUGGAAUCCUUCACUCAACUGAUAGCGCCUGAUAGACCAGAAUUCUCAAACCAACACCAGUGUGGUCUCCGGAUUGUAACCGGAGCAAAGAUCAGGGACAAGCCUGUUUACAAGCAUCGAGGCUUAGUUUUAGACACCUCUAGAAAUUUCAUACCUAUGGAGGAUAUAAAGAGGACGAUUGAUGGAAUGGCUGCCACCAAGAUGAACGUGUUUCAUUGGCACGUGACCGAUUCGCAAAGUUUUCCGCUGGAGUCUCGUCGAGUGCCGCAGUUUACGAAAUACGGCGCGUAUUCUGCGAACGAGAUAUACAGCACAGAGGAAGUGCGCGAGCUGAUAAGAUACGCUCGAAUACGUGGUAUUCGUGUCGUUAUAGAAAUCGACUCGCCGGCUCACGCUGGUAACGGUUGGCAGUGGGGCAAGGAGUACGGUUUCGGAGAUCUAGCAGUAUGCGUUAACGCGAGGUCGUGGCGCCAUCUAUGUAUAGAACCGCCAUGUGGACAACUGAACCCCGCCAAUCCAGCUAUGUACCGGGUAUUAAGAGACCUGUAUCGAGAUAUCGCUGAGCUUGUGCCCCAACCGGCACUUUUUCACGUGGGUGGGGACGAGGUAUAUUUGGGCUGCUGGAACUCGAGUGAAGAGAUCGUAUCCUAUAUGAAAAACAAAGGUUUUGACACCGAUACAGAGGGUUUCAUCAGACUUUGGGCGGAGUUCCACUCAAAGGCCCUGCAGAUUUGGGAUGAGGAAACCAUGGCGGUAGGUGGACAACAGCAACCUGUGCUUAUUUGGUCUUCAGAACUCACGCAACCCGAGAGGAUCCAGAACUAUUUGGAUAAGAAAAGAUACAUAAUCGAAGUAUGGGAGCCACUUAGCAGUCCCCUUCUGACUCAAUUGCUUCGCAUGGGCUACAAGACGAUAUCGAUACCCAAAGACAUUUGGUACUUAGACCACGGAUUCUGGGGUAAAACGAAGUACUCCAACUGGCGGAGGAUGUACGGACAUGUAUUGCCUCGUGAUCCCAACGUGCUAGGCGGGGAGGUAGCAAUGUGGAGCGAGUAUGUAGACGCGCAGGCGUUAGACACGCGGGUAUGGCCCCGCGCGGCGGCGGUGGGCGAGCGGCUGUGGAGCGACCCCCGCAGCGGGUUCGCGGCCGCCGAGCCGCGCCUGCAGCGGCUGCGCGCGCGGCUCCGAGCGCGGGGCCUGCGCCCCGACGUGGUCUCGCCCGAGUGGUGCGCGCAGCACGACGCACGCUGCUACUGA